UCUGCCGUUAGGUUUUCGAGAAUUCGCCCGGCGGACCCGGCAGCUCCUCUCCUUAUUAAAAGCGGAGCUCUCCUCCUCUCUCUUCCCAAUCUGCAAUCUCACCUUCCCCGUCUCCACUCUUCUCCUUGUCCAGCUCGAUUCCGUCGCGGUUCACCUCGUCUCCAACUCCGACAUGCGCCAGCGCGUUCCUCUGCUCGUUCCGCCGCUGGGACACCUCGGGCGGCCGUCCGACCUCGCCUCAGUGGUGGAUCUGCCCCCGAAGCCAACGUAUCAACAUAUUAGCACAAACAAUCUGAUGAGGCCAAAUGAUUUGUCGGAACCUCAGGACACGGUGCCUGCUGAGGGAAACCGCAAUUGCUCAAGAGUUCAGUCCACUCCUGAAAUUGAGAAGAAGUACGUGCAUCGGGUCUAUGAUGCCAUAGCUCCUCAUUUCAGCUCAACGCGGUUUGCAAAAUGGCCAAAGGUUGCAGGAUUCUUGAAUUCCUUGAGGACAGGGUCAGUAGUGCUGGAUGCUGGCUGCGGUAACGGCAAGUAUUUGGGCUUCAACCCUGACUGUUUCUUCAUAGGAUGUGAUAUUAGUCCACCACUGAUUGAUAUAUGUGCUGGGAAAGGGCAUGAGGUGUUGGUCGCUGAUGCUGUCAACCUCCCAUACAGGGAUAAUUUCGGUGAUGCAGCAAUUUCAAUUGCGGUAUUGCAUCAUUUAAGUACCGAUGAUAGGCGAAGGGAGGCCAUAGAAGAGUUGAUCCGUGUUGUUACAAGAGGUGGUCUGGUGCUCAUCACAGUCUGGGCUAGGGAGCAGGAAGACAGGUCAUUACUCAACAAGUGGACUCCCCUCUGUGAGAAGUAUAAUGAAGAGUGGGUUGACCAGAGCAGUCCUCCAGUGCGUAGUCAAUCUUCUACUCUGCUUGAAAGCAUUGCAGAAACUGAUGAAGACACAAGUGUAAUGAAGCAAACAGAUGAUCAAUUGGAAAAAGUUUAUGAUGGCGUGGAGGAUAAGACCAUUAUAGACUGUAAUUCGAGUAUCUAUGAGAAUGACAAAACCCAGCAGGAGUUCUUUGUUCCUUGGCAUUUACCAUUUCACCGAGCUGAAAUUGGUGGUGCAUCUGCUGCUGCUCUUGAAAAUGGAUUUGCAAGGAAAGAUGAGAAGAAGGGUGCAGUGGUCUACAACCGUUAUUAUCAUGUUUUUGUGGAAGGAGAACUUCAAAGAUUAGUUGCUGGCAUAAACAAUGCUGCUAUUGUUGACCAAUUCUAUGACAAAUCGAACUGGUGCAUUGUUCUUCAGAAGCUUUGAGCUGCAGGUGGAGGGAUGGUAAAAGUCAUCUGAAGUUGGUAUAUUGCAGGGACUCAGUUAAAGUAGGCGAACUCAAAGUUUGAGCUCGAAAUAUAUGAGUUUGAUGCCACUACCGUUUAUUCAAUUCAACACGGCAUAGCGCUUUCUGUUCGCUUUGCUUGUUGUCGUCAAAUAUCCAAAUUUGUGUCUGUUGUCUGCAUGGCCCUUUCGAGGCUUUUCUUGUGUCAGGAUUGCCCAAUAUUUUGAAGGGUAUCUGGAUUUGCAGAAGAUUUUGCACUGUAUUGGUCUCAUUGAGCUCGUGAAGUUGCAUGGCUGAUUGUACAAUUUUUAAGCUCUUAUUGAUUUUGACCUCUUAAUUUACUUUGAUAUCUUAUUCUUUGCAAAAUGAAGCUGGUACCUACCCUUUGAUU